AACUCCGAGAUUGUGAACUGCGCGCUCGUACUUUCACCUAAGAACGGCAGUAAGCGUUCUGUUCACGUACAUAUAAAAAAAAAGUUGAGUUAACAUGGAAAAUAACAAUUAUCCAUUGAAAAUUCGGGAUGUGGAACCAGAACUGGCUGAAAUGCUUAUGAAAUAUUUUACUGGUGAACACACUGGCUUCGUGCAAGUCGGACCAAAAGGCUACUUUCUACCUCACAGGUUCAAAUAUGAAGCCUUUAAAAUAUACACAAUGGAAGUCCGUCCAACAGACGUUUUUGUGGUCAGUUACCCACGAUCAGGAACAACAUGGACUCAGGAACUGGUCUGGAUGGUGGCGAAUGAUUUGGAUUAUGAAACAGCAAAUAAAAUACCACUGACUGAAAGAUAUCCAUUUCUAGAAAUUUGCAGAUUCUCAGUGUAUGUUCAUCCGGUGAUGAAAAAACGAUUUCAAGAAGAAAACAGUGACUGCGAACGUAAAUUAAAACUUCUAGAGUACGUGACCCAAUCAGGCGUCGACCAGCUAGAAGAUAUGCCAUCGCCGCGUUUCGUCAAAACGCAUUUACCUCUUUCCCUUUUACCGUCGACGUUACUUGAUAGUGCUAAAGUGAUUUACGUUGCCCGAGAUCCGCGAGAUGUCGCCGUCUCUUUUUUCCAUCUCAAUAAGUCAAUGAGGACGCAAGGUUACAUCGGUGAUUUCAAAACUUACUGGCAAUUCUUCAUAAAGGACUUACAUCACUGGACUCCAUAUUUCGAGCACAUUAAGGAAGCCUGGGAACAAAGACGCAAUCCUAAUUUGUUGUUUUUAUUUUAUGAAGAACUAUCAAAGGAUCUGCGCGCGGCUGUAGAACGAGUCAGCAAAUUUUUCGGCAAAAAAUUUACAGAAAAACAAAUUGCAGACCUUUGUGAACAUCUUAGUAUUGAAAACUUUAAAGUCAACAAAUCCGUUAAUUAUGAUGUGAUGCGUGAACUCGGUAUUCUCAAGGCUGGCGCUGCAACUUUUAUUAGAAAGGGUAAAGCAGGCGGUUGGCGUGAUUAUUUUGAUGAAGAAAUGACAGCUGAAGCAGAUAAAUGGAUUGCAAAAAAUUUACGUGACACCGACUUCAGAUUCCCUCAUAUGUCUCAAUAGCUCAUUGCUUUAUAUAAUUCUAUCUAUUUAUAAAUUAUUAUUGGAUUCUGGCUAAAACUUAUUGUAUAGGUAAUAAAACAAAAAAUAUUACUAAAAAA